AUGAAUAUUAGUUCCUGUAAUUUCCAGAGUCCGAGAAGCCAAAGUCCAGAGGCUGUUUCCUUCCUGGCAGAGUUCAGUCCAGAUGAGUUUCUGGUUGGAGACAGCAGCACAAAAAUCCUUGAAACAAAUCGUGCUGCAGCACGGUGGGGUUUCUGUGCAUUGACCACUUGGCAGCUUUUGGCCAACAUCAGUAUCUACCUCGGUGCCAUCACUGUUGGGAUCAUGUCUUACUAUAUGGCAGAUCGCAAGCAUCGCAAAGCCUUCCUCGAGGCUCGGCAAUCUCUGGAGGUUAAACUCAAUCUGGAGGAACAGAGCCAGCAGCAGGAACGUCUCCUUCUCUCUAUCCUACCGAAGCACAUUGCAGAUGAGAUGUUAAACGACAUGAAAAAGGACAAGGAGUCGAAGGAGCUCCAGCAAUUCAACACCAUGUACAUGUACCGACACGAGAGCGUCAGCAUCCUCUUUGCUGAUAUUGUCGGAUUCACCCAGUUAUCAUCGAGCUGCAAUGCUCAGGAACUCGUCAAACUCCUCAAUCAGCUCUUCGCUCGCUUUGAUAAACUGGCAGCGAAAUACCAUCAGCUGCGGAUCAAGAUCCUGGGAGAUUGUUACUACUGUAUCUGUGGAUUACCAGAUAACCGGGAUGAUCACGCUGCCUGCUCCAUCCACAUGGGUCUGGCAAUGGUCGACGCCAUCUCGUAUGUUCGUGAAAAGACUAAAACCGAGGUGAAUAUGCGAGUUGGGAUCCACACUGGCACAGUCCUAGGUGGAGUCCUGGGGCAGAAGAACUGGCAAUACGAUGUCUGGUCCACCGAUGUGACACUGGCAAACAAGAUGGAGGCUGGUGGUAUCCCUGGGAGAGUCCACAUCUCUCAGAGCACCUGCAAUUGCCUGAACGGAGAGUUUGAGCUUGAACCAGGAGAAGGGGAAAAGAGAAACGAGUAUUUGAAGGAGAAGGGGAUCAAGACGUACCUGGUGGUGGUGCCAAAAUCAACAGCUGUCAAGAAUGGGAUCAAUGGAGUGAAGUUGUCUCUCACGUCAUCUAAUGGAAACUUGCCGCUGUUGAUCAACACCACCGACUGUAAUGGCAGCCUCCACACCACCUGUACCACCCCUGAUGACCCCGAGGAUCUGGACACUCGGGUUGUUAACCCUUCAUUUCCCAACCCUCGGAGACGCCUGCGAUUACGAGAUAUAUCCGAGCAGGUGAUGGAUGCUCAACAGAACCAGCUGGAACUGAAUCAUUUAUUGAAUGCAGCCCUGUUAGAGCGGGAGACAGUGCAGGCGCUGAAAGGAAAAUCCACAAACAGCCUCUCAAUGCGAUUCACUGACCCGGAGCUGGAGAGCCGCUUCUCAGUGGAGAGAGAGAAACAGAGUGGGGCAGCAUUCAGCUGCUCCUGUGUCGUCCUCUUCUUCACCUUUUUGGUGCAACUUUUCAUUGAUCCCGGACUGCUGGUGAAUUACAUCACAUUCAUUGUUGGGCAGAUUCUGCUCCUGAUCCUCACUCUGUGUUCUCUUGCUGCCAUCUUCCCCAGGGUAUUCCCCAAGAAAUUGGUCCUGUUCUCGAUGUGGAUUGACAGGACUCGCUGGGCCCGGAACACGUGGGCAAUGGCUGCUAUCCUCAUCCUCAAUGCUGCAGAUAUUGUAGACAUGUUAAGCUGUCUGCACAGUUACCCAGCUUCCUCGAAUGGAAACCUGACCCAGAUGGGCAGGAGCUGCGCAAAACAGCCGAAAUACUACAGCUACAUCUCAGUGCUAGCGCUCAUCGCCACGACGAUGCUGGUACAGGUCAGCCACAUGGUGAAGGUCUUCCUGAUGCUCGUCAUCACUGGAUCAUGUGGCUUGGUCAGUAUCCUGGGCUGGAGGGAGCUCUAUGAAGAAUAUGACCGGGAGCGCUUCCAGGAAUUUCAGUCGCUUGUGGUGCCAUCUCGGUUUUCCAUGGUAGCCAUGAUCUUCGUCAUGAUGAUGAGCUUUUACUAUUUCACUCGACACGUGGAAAAGUUAGCACGAACUCAGUUCCUGUGGAAAAUCGAUGUUCAUGAGCAGAAGGAGCGAGUUUAUGAGAUGCGACGAUGGAACGAGGCUCUAGUCACCAACAUGUUACCGGAACAUGUCGCUCGGCAUUUCCUUGGCUCCAAGAAACGAGAUGAGGAAUUGUACAGUCAGUCAUAUGAUGAGAUUGGGGUCAUGUUUGCAUCGAUCCCCAAUUUCUCUGAUUUCUACACCGAGGAGAGUAUUAACAACGGAGGCAUUGAGUGUCUGCGAUUCCUCAAUGAAAUCAUCUCUGAUUUUGAUGGUUUAUUGGAUGAACCACAAUUCCGAAACAUCACCAAAAUCAAGACCAUUGGCAGCACCUACAUGGCAGCAUCUGGCUUAAUACCAGACACUAAUCCCAGCAGCUACAAUACUGUCAAGAAGGAUCAGCAAGUUUCAGUAAAGGGACGCUGGCAGCACCUAGCAGAUCUGGCUGACUUCACUUUGGCAAUGAAAGUCACUUUAAUGAACAUCAAUUACCAGUCAUUUAAUAACUUCAUGCUACGCAUUGGUGGUUGAAGAGACAUACCUGGUGCUGAAAGAUUACGGAUUUUGCUUUGUGCGUCGAGGCCCUGUCUUUGUUAAAGGAAAGGGCGAGCUCAUCACUUACUUCAUGAAAGGUCAU